AUGAUGAUAUCGUUGAAGAAGCCGAGAUUGGCAAAUUUGGAAUCGAUGCCCCGUGCGCUAUAUUUCCCACUGGAAACAAGUAACGAUAUCGAGUGUCUGGAGCAGUGUGUUAAGAAUUCGGAUGAGCUUAAACUACAAUACGAAAAAAUAUUGCAAUUCUUUCUGCAAAAGACACCGCUAAAACCUGCAUUUGCGCUGUUGCACGUGUUUACGGAAGAAGCGCUCGCGGAUUACAACUACAGUGGCCACUGCAACUAUACGCGCGAUAAGAAAAAGGCGAUGCGUAACUACGUCAUAUUCACCAACUGCAUCGAAUCUGCCUGGGCCAAAAUGUUACCAGACGAGAUUAGAGGCAGAGCGGUUCGGGACGUGAUCGCACUGAUAGGAAAUCGGAAACGAAUGCGGAGAUUAAAGGAAAAGAAAUUGAAAAAUAGAAAGUUGAUUGAAUGA